AUUUCGUUUAGAUAGUUUGCAUUAUACAAUAGAAAAUGAAGGGGGUGAUCGUGUUUUUAGUUUCUAUAUUGUGCUUACAAAUUAAGGGAUACCUUAUAAGGGUCCCUACAUCUGCUACGAAUACUUUAGUCGAUACUGGUGGAUGGGUUCACAUUCAGAAGCUUCUACUUCCGCUAUUCGAAAAUGUCUGCGAGGAAAGCACAGAGCCUAUCAUCGUCAGAAAUAAUGAAGAGUUUAAAUUAAAUCCUUCUAGUGGUGUUUAUUUGAAUCCAGACGUUGUUGGCAAUUUCCAAAACCUCAAAGCAAAAGGUUUAUUGGCCAAGGGAGAAAUUUUCACAGAGUUCAACCCUGACCACAUGAAUGAGCUGCAAGUAAUUUACGAAUUGUUGUACUACGCAAGAGACUUUGAUACAUUUUACAAAGCAGCUUGCUGGGCCCGUCAAAAUGUCAACUGUGGUUUAUUCAUUGACGCCAUAUACUUGGCUAUUCUUAACAGGCGUGACACAGAAAAGGUAUCAUUACCUCCACCCUAUGAGAUCUUACCAAACUAUUUCGUUAGGAAGGGUUAUAUAGUAAAAGCAUCAUCUUUGAUAAGAGGUGAACCAGUUUUGAUGACCGACUGCGUACGAAACGAAGGAAACUCAUACAUUCUGAGCGUGAAUUACACAAGUGACUAUGACGAUACUGAUGACAAACUGGCCUAUUUCCACGAAGACGUCGGUCUAAAUUCCUAUUUCUUUUUAACAAAACUCAAAACUUUACCCUGGCUUAAUGACUCACAGAGAAAGACUUACGGUCUAUAUUUAUACCACAUAAUGAAACAAAUGAUGGCAAGAUACAAUUUGGAGAGAUAUUCGAAUGGAUUACCAGAAGUGGAUAGAAUCGACUGGGAUGAUAUAGACAAAUCAUCUUUCGAUCCUUUACUUAUUUAUUCUAACGGUAAUCAAUUCAGUCAAAGAAUGUCUGGAAGAACUGGGGACAGUGAACUAUUAACAACAUUAAAAAAUAUAGAAGAUAAUCUUCAAGGCGUCGUCUUACAUAUGUACAAAUAUUUGCAGAGAGAUGGUGGAUACAGCAAAUCUGAUAUCAUGACCCAUUUAAUGGAAAUUCUCGUUACAAGUGAAAGGAGUUACCUAAACAUAGCUCAACAGUUCAUCAAUGAAGAAGGACUAGUAUCGAGGUAUCCAUCGGUUUUGGAACAUUACAUGACAUCCGUAAGAGAUCCGAUGUUUUGGAAAUUGAAAAAAACAAUUAUUGAUCUGGUAGAUAAUGCCCUACAGGUAUUGCCAAGUUACUCCAGAAAUGAACUUUACUUCCCCGGCGUGGAGAUACAAAAUGUUGAAGUGAAAAAGAUGAUGACAACAUUUGAUAAUUUCAAGUUUGACGUCACCAGUGCCCUAAAGUCGGAAGGAGAAGAUACUAAAUUUGAAGUAAAAAUAGAGCAGCCAAGAUUAAACCAUAAGCCAUUUUCUUUUAAAAUAUCUGUACUAUCACAUGUAGCACAAAAAGCAUUGGUAAAGAUAUAUAUAGGCCCAAAAGUUAUGCCCGGAGAAUUAACGGAAAAUAAAAAUCUUUUCAUGCUAUUGGACAGAUAUGAAGUAAAUCUUAAAAUUGGUAGCAACAUAUUGUCAAGAGCUUCUAAUGAAAUGACAAGCCUUUCCGAAGAUCUUCCGUCUCUGGAAUCUCUACAUAAAUAUGUUCUGGAUGCUGAGUUUGGAAUAGAUGCCUUACCUCAUAAAUCUAUUUGGUCACAAAUCGGUUUCCCAUCUCGAUUAGUUCUUCCAAAAGGAACUAGUGAGGGUCUUCCUUUACAUGUAUUUGUAUUUAUAGCGCCGUAUACUAAAGCAACUAUUGGUGGUUCUAAAACUAAUGUAGAUUUAAAUACAGACGCAAUUUUUACACCUGGAUAUCCCUUAGACUUAAAUAUUGAGAUCCAACAGUUGUUUAAUCUCCCCAACGCCAUGGUUAAAGAUAUAAUGAUUACACACAAAACUGAAAGCACUUCUUAUACUAAACCCACAAACAAUUACAACUCUGCAUCAAAUGGUAGGGUGUGGCCAACAGAUGACCAAGAAACUGAUGUUCCAAAUGGUCCCUUGUAUUUAAGUACUCGUCCCGAAUUCACAAAGAAAUCUUUUGAUUAUAAAUCAAAAUCCAAUCAAUAUGGAAAGAAAACUGAUUAUGAAGCUAAAAGAGGUUAUUAUAAUAAACCAAGUAUUAAACCAGAAGAAAACACUGUUCAAUUAGAAAAGGAUGUAACUAAUAUUGUCACAAAUAAUGAAGCGUGGCCCACUAAUAAUAAUGAUUUUAAUUCGGGAACUUCUUCGUAUUUAAGUUCUCGACCUGAAUUCACUAAAAGAACAUUUGAUUAUAAAUCAAAAACAAAUCAAUAUGGAAAGAAGUAUGAUUAUGCAGCUAAGCGAGUUAAUUACGAUAAUCAGAACAAAACACCAGAAGACGUUAAAAAUCAUCAAGAAGACGAGAAAACUUUUAAGGAACCUGAAAAAACAGAAAUUGUAAAUAAAGUUUACAUAGAUACCGAUAAAGAAUACGAUACAAAUCGAAAUUUUAAUAAAGAUACAACAUUUCAUAAGAUUAUAUUAGAUAAAGACAACGAAAUUUACACCAAGGUUGAGGAUGAAAAAUACUUUAAAGAUUUUGAUAAAUUUGUUGAUGUCAAGACUCACAAAAUACAUGAUAAGACUGUACCCGAUACCAUGGAUGUUGUAAAUAAUAUCUAUAUAAGUCGUGAUCAUGAUGAAGUCCCAGAAGUUAAUGACGAUGAAACUAUACAUAAUGUAUUCAUAUUAGACAAACAUCAAAUUGAUGAUUUAUUAGACAUAAAUUCCAAUGAAAUAGAUAAUGAUGACUUCGAAAAAGUAAUUGAAGUGAAAAAUUUUAACGUGAAGCCACAUGGAUUACUAACUAUGCCUAAAAGAAAAAUGUCUAAUAUUUUUAAUAUUAUUUUCAAACCCUUAAAAGCAUUUGAUUUCGAUGAAAAAGUGUACGAAUAAAGACACGUAGCUUUUUAAAUUAUGUUCAUUGUUUUGUUAUAAUAGAGAUUUAUUAAUAGAUCGUAAGAAAUUUAAAUAAAAUGUUUAACUGUC